AUGGCCCAGCUGCAAAAAGAGCUUCCCAAAGCUUUGUGGCUCUUGCACACCGAUGUGAUGGCUUGCAUCAGAUCUAGAUGGGCACUGGUGGCAUUAAUUUUCGCCAGUGUGGCCAGUUUGAUUCUGCUGUUCAGGCAGCUUGCUUUCCCGGGUCUUGAACAUGGGCACAUCACUGCAGGAGUGCCAAAAGCUGGGAUGAGCUACUUCUUUUCCGUUGGCGAUUUUGGCGUCGCUGCAUGUGAGCGAGGCUACAAGGCUGGUGACCUUGAGAACUCCGGUGGCAUUGGCCAUCGAAAUUGUGUGGCGUCAAAUCAGAAACUUGUGGCAGAUGCCAUGGACAAGCUGGCUGCUUUACUGAAGCCAAAAUUCAUCCUCUCUUUAGGGGAUAACUUCUACAUACGCGGUGUGAAGGACUUGGACGAUUCCCAGCUCCAAGAAUCCUUUGUUGAUGUUUAUAGUCGCGGCCACUUGGAGGAGCUGCCAUGGCAGGUUUCUUUGGGUGAUCACGACCAUCGCGGCAACGUUUCUGCCUUGCUGCUCUGGCAACACAAGCAAUGGAAGCUGCCUGCGCCGUAUUAUAGCUUCCGUUUCCCAGUGGGGAAGAAGCAUAUUGAAUUUGUGAUCGUAGACUCCGUUGGACUUGAAGGAGGAGUGCUUGACCAGGCCCCAAAGGGGCGGCGGUUCGAGCAGGAUCUGACGGAUGAGUUCGCUGGCCCAGCAGCUGGCCAGCGGCAAUGGCAAUGGCUUUCGGAACGGACGGCAGCAUAUGGCGAGUCGUCCGAUACCCUGCUACAGGUGGUGGCUGGGCAUCGGCCCAUCCGCAGCUUGGCCUACCGUCAUGGUAGCCCACCUUCACCACCCGAGUUGGUCGUGGCCAAACGGCUUCUUGAGUCCUUGGCUUCAGGUGAGAAGCCCGUUGCCUACCUCCAUGGUCACGACCAUGUGAUGCAGCACUUUCGGGAAGUUGACAAGCCCUUGUACCAUUUUGGAAAUGGUGCUGGUGGGAUGGGCAUCCAUCCGUUGCAGGAAUGUGCCAACUGCACGGAGUUCAAGUGGGGCGCUUCGGCCUUUGGUUUCGCGGUACAUGAAGUUGGAGAUUCAUCGAUGGUCGUCCAUUUCAUGGAUGCGAAAACUCUGCAGGUGUCUCAUUCUGUGGAAAUACCCUUCGGUAGGUAA